AGCGGUGGCGGGGUUGGAGGGAAGAUGUCGGGCUGUGAGGCCCGCGAUGCCAAGAAGCUGGUGCGGUCGCCCAGUGGGCUGCGCAUGGUGCCCGAGCACCGCUCUGCCCGCAGCCCCUUCGGCCUGGACGAGCCGCCCUGGGUGCCUGACAAGGAGUGCCCAAGAUGUAUGCAGUGUGAUACAAAAUUUGACUUCAUAACUAGAAAGCACCACUGUCGAAGAUGUGGGAAGUGUUUCUGUGACAAGUGCUGCAGUAAAAAAGUGCCUCUGCCUCGCAUGUGCUUUGUGGACCCUGUGCGCCAGUGUGCUGAAUGUGCCCUCAUCUCUCAGAAAGAAACAGAGUUUUAUGACAAGCAGCUUAAAGUACUUAUGAAUGGUGCUUCAUUCUUUGUAACUCUGGGAACAUCUGAAAAAUCUGAGCUCAUGGUUUGUCGACUUUCCAACAAUCAGAGGUAUCUGGUUUUGGAUGGAGACAGCCAUUAUGAAAUUGAAAUUAUACAUAUUUCAACUGUUCAGAUACUUACAGAGGGAUUUACUCCUGGGGAAAAAGAUACUUGCACUUACACCAGCCUUCUGGAGAGCCAGCACAUAACUGAAGGAGGCAAUACUCGUGCCAUAGGUAUGAUUCUGCAGUAUAAGGUACCAGGAUCAGAGGAGCUAAUGCAGAUGAAGUUUACAGCUUGUGAAGACUUCAGCUCUAAUAAGAAGCUGUCAGCAAGCUGGCUGGCAGCUAUGCACAAGGCAACAAAACUUCUUUACGAGUCCCGGGACCAGUAAGGACAGCAAACCGCUGGCACCUGAGGGCAGAGCCCAGCCUCCAUGGACUUGCCUCUUGCUCUCUGCUAGUUAAUGGCUGGUAACACUCAUGGUUCUUGACCCUCUAUCAUUCCAGCGCGGUUCAGGAUGCAGGAACUGGCAGAUGCAGGGGGAGCAUGUUUCUGACCCAUGAGUAUUCACAAUAGUGUGCAAUAUGUAUACAAUUACUGCUUUAAACAGCCUCACCUUUUAAGACUUUGUAUAUUUUGUUAAGCCUUUAUUGGUACUUAAUAUAAAAGUGACCUGCACUACAGCCCCUGUACAGCACAACUUUCAUAGUAACAGUUAUGUAUACUGUUUGCUACAGAAAGCAAACAAAUGUAUAUGUCUCUUCUGCAGAGAACAGCUUUUGGGUAUAGAUCUCAGGUUUUUCCCUCUAUCCAAAUGGUUAAAAGUCAAUGUACAAUAAUAAAAUCUGCCUUAGCUAUGAUUUUAUAGAAAUCACUUGGUUUUUUUUUUUAACAUUUACUGUUAAACAUUAAAUAUUUCAGCAAAUACCACAAACUGGACUUACAUGACCUUGAAACUUCACUUCUGUGAUAUAAAUAAGCUUCCAGAAUAAUGUUUAGUUUUGUAUUUUCUUUUUGGUAACUAGCUUUUGUUAAUCUAACUGUAAUACUCUCUGAAAUCGUAUACAGUUUAAUGUAUAAAUAUGAAUAAAUUAAUUCACUUAUUUAAAAAACCUA